AGAAAAGGUUCCGCCGUGUCGUUCUCCCUUCAUUCUUUUACCCGCGUACGGAAUAUAUAUCUUACCUGAACGGUUCAUCCCGUUAAUCUCCAUUGCAAACACCUCUCUGUCCGUCUCUGUCCCUCUCUCCGUUAAGUAUUAAAUAUUUUCUUUUGUGAAGCAAGAGCAAAAGGGGCCUUCCUUUCUCUACCGUGCUGUCGUGCGCUGUUGUUGUCUGUUGCUGUCUGUUGUGCCUAUCGAUCGCCACUUUGUUCGCGGACGCCGGAGACCCGUCUUCUCUCUCUCGUCACGUUGAAAUCUUGUUUGUUUAUUUUCUCUCGGGUGCGGCUGCUCGCUAGUCCUUCUGGGGGGUGUUAUUGCUGUUCUCUUUCGCCCUCUCCCGCUCUCCCGCUCUCCUCCCUCUCCACCUCUCCCGACACUCCCGCGUUGCGUAGGGCGUUGCGACGAGCAGCUUCUCGGACCGCUUCGAUUACUAUUAAACUGUUUCUGUUACUAUUAUUAUUAUUUGUUUAUUUUAGGGUUUUUUUUUUCAAGCGAACUCGACCGUCAGCCCCUUUUUGUUGUUGUUUCUGUUUCUGUCUUCGACAUCCCUCUCAUUUUAUAAAGCUAAGGAAUACAUACCACCAAAGAAAGGAAAAGAAAAGCAAAGGCCUUCACCAUUUGUACGCAGAGAGGUGCAUAAGCCAACGCCCCCCACACACACACACACACAUCCACGUGUACACAUCCACAUACAUCACGCAGACACACACAUCAGUUUUCUAUCGGGCGUAAAAAAAAAACGUAAAAGAAAGCGGUGUGCACGAAAACGACAGCAAACGUAAAAGGCAGUAACCAAACGAAGCCGGAACUCAAAAAAGUACAUCAACGUCUACACACGCCGUUUAAUAGAAAGUUAAUAAAGAAGGAGAGAAACAAAUAGAUAACACAACAAUUUAUCCUCUUGUGUUUUCGAAUUUCUUUUUUUUCUCUUUCUCAUUUGAAAGUGCAAAGCGAAACGCCGGCACGCAGAUCUUCUGUUGUCGCAGUUACUGCUUGCUUUUUUGUUUUUCCUUCUCUUGAAGUAGCGGAGACAACGCGUUCUCUCUUUCAAACUUCGCAAACAGUAAUCAAGCACCGCAAAAGAUGAAGAAGACAGCGGAUAAGAAAGCCACCAGCAACCGUGGUGCUGCUCCCACUGCCGCCACCGCCGAGCCGGAGAAGGGAUCCGCUGAAAGCGUCACGUGGCACCAAAUCGCUGAUGCCGUGGCGCUCGAGGACGUCGUCGAGAGCCACGAAGAGAAGGAGGCGUGCCUCAAGGUGAUCAACGCCUCUGCCGAUACGGCGAGUGAGAAGACUCCGGAGACCAGCAGCAACAACAAGGCGUCAUCGACGACGACGACGACCACCACCACCACCAGCAACACCGCCGUCAACAAGGGCGUAGAGGUGGCGACGCUGGUGCCGCCCAGCUCACAGGCCGCCUCCGCUCCACGCCCGAUCGCACCCAGGCAAGACAGCCCGUUGGUGCCGAGCAUGGCGACGAGUGCAACGAACAGCGUGGGCAGCCCACCUGUCCUAGCGGGAUUCAACGACAACCUGCAGAGCCCUCCGAACAGCAUCACCUCCGUUCCUCGCAAGACGACGGUGCCGCUCAUGAGCACGCCGCUCACCACGUCCUUUGCGGGGAUGAUGAACGCGUCCGGCACUGGCGGCGCCGGCGUCGGCCAUUGGCAGCAGGCCAACGCCGUGGCGCAGAGCAUCGUGCGAUCGACGAGUGCCGCGCAGGCGCCAGAGUCGUACGCGGCUGCCCUGGAAAGCGCGCACACCGCCGGCCCGUCGCAGCGUUCCACGCGCUCUCCCACGCCGUCGUCGUACGUAUUCGCUCCGCAGUCCCCGGAGGCCGAAGGGGCCGGGAGCAACUCCACGACCGAGAACCCCCAGAACAUCGAUCCCCACAGCGGCGGCAAAAGUGGGGAGAGUAAGCAAGACGCGCUGGAGGUGCUGCAGCGGGCGGUGAACCACGUACGUGCGGCGAUCCACAAUCGCAGCGUCACUCCGCACACCGCGGCGGACGAUGGCGGCGACGGCGACGGCGAGGACGAAAAGACGGGCAACCGCAUCGCCCGUGCGGUGAAGGCGGUCAUGCGGGCUGCCGAGAUGAUCGACGAAGAAGACGUGGAGAGCUUCGAUGAGGAGAGCAACGAGGACGGCGUUGGCGGCGGUGGUGGCGUGGACGACAAGAGCACGGCAUCGACCAUAACACCGCGCAGCUACCGCGCCGCGGACUGGCGCGACGACAACAGCUCCGUGAUCUCACCCAGCACCUUCUUCCACGACUCGGACUCCGUCGAGGUGUGCAGCAACCGCGUCAUGGAGUACAUCAUCGCACGUGGCCACGCCGCACAGACGGACGAGGACAUGGAAUGGCUGUACCGUCACUCCCUGUUGACCUCCCUGCUCGACGACGUGGAUUUAAAGCAGUUGGUGCCGCGCGCGCUGCAUCGCGAGUACACCUCGGGCGAGGUCAUCCUCGACGCCGGCACCCUCGUGCACCACCUCUACAUCGUGGUCUGGGGGAAUGUGGACGUGUUUCGCGUCGACUCCCUCAGCAGCGAACGCAAGGCGAUGGAGGGCGCCUUUCGCGUCUCCUCGCACCAGUCGGCGGCACUGCGCCGCUCCACGCGCGGCCGCACGCCGAACCGCGGCGACAACCUCAGCGGCUACGGGAUUGUGAUGGAUGACAGCGAGCACGCCGACGGCGCCCUCGACAGCCGCUCCUCCUCGGACGUCAUCUACACCCACGUCGGCAACCUUUACCCUGGCCAAAUAUUUGGCAUCGAGGACUGCGUCUUCAACAGCUCCUCGCAGUUCGUCUUCCGCGCCGGCAACGCCACGAAGAAGACGGUGUUGUCGCUGCUGCCCUACCACGACCUGCAGCCCGCCCUCACCCGCAACCCCCGCUUUGCGCAGGGCGUGGGGAUCUGCAUUGCCGGCUCGAUGGACGUCUUCGGCCCCAUCCGCGAGUUCUGCCGCUACGUUUUCUCGCCGACCAGCGCGCAGAACGAGUACCUGCCGCUGUGGUCCAUCCUGGAGAGCUACACCCGCAUCCAGAACGUCAUCCACACCAAGCUGUUCAGCCACACCGUCGACACCGGGGCGUGGGGCUACGCGCUGAACCGGCUGCCGAGCAACGUGACGUCAACCUUCUGCUUCGACCUCGUGCACUCGCUGCCGCCUUUUGUAGCAAGCCGCAUGCGAGUCGAGGCACGCGCAGCGGACACGCGCAAGACGGCGGACAGCUCGGCCAGCACGCGCAGCAUGCGCACCGCCAUCACGUACAUUCGCACCAAGGAGCGUCGGCGCUGCACCUGGCACCUGGGGAUGGAAGGCAAGACCUUGGUCCUGCUGCGCGACGGCUUCACGGACCUGCUGGACUUCUUGACGAUGCUCUGCGUCCACAUCAUCGAGAGCAACAAGCUGCGAGGACGGGUGCAGGGCAUGGUCCACCCGCCCGCCAUCGACAUCCUCGACGAGUACCUGCGUCAGCGGGAGCAGGAAGAGAUCGAUGGCAAGUACUUGACGCCGACGGGCGUCUCCCGUGAGGCGGAGAUGGUGCGCGUGCAGAACAUUCUAAAGCGCAUGCCGCUGACAGAGGAGGAGCAGGCGGGCCUGCUGCGCAACUGGGGCCACAACAGCCUCCUGCGCAUCUACGAGAUCAUGAUGCACCGUGAGGAGUACAACGUCCGCGUGGACCCGAGUCUGUCCAUGAAGUUCCAGACGAACCCCUUCCACGAGUGGGCGUUGAACCUGCGCGGGUGCGUGCUGGAGAAACUCGGCCUGGACCGCUUCUCGGCCAUCCCGGACAACUUAUACAUCGACGUCGUCAGCAGCAACACCCACUGCAUCAAAAAUCUGCUCUGCAGCUUCAACCGCAAGUACCGAAAGGAGAUCCUCGACUACGUGCGCCGCAAGGAGGGCAAGCGGCUGGGCAAGCCGGAGGAGUGGCACGACAUCAACGACGCCAUGUACGCCUCGUUGAACGGCUUCCUGCAGAACGAACGGCCCGACCUGCGCGAUGAGUACAACCGCAGCCUGGAAGAAAACGGCAUCACGGUGCUGGAGGACACCGCCAUGACGGGGCUGCAGGUGGACGUGAUCCCGGUGCACCUGCUGAACUUUGACACCAUCGAUGAGACCAUCCGCGAUGCCCUGCACAUGAACUACGACGAGGCGGGGAAGGCAGGGGAGCCGCACGACGCCGCGGGGGCGAGCGGGUCGGCGGUGCCGUCGUGGGCGCAGGUGUGCAAGCCGAUCUGGCGCCCCGGCCCCGACGGGAAGCUCACUCGGGUGAUCGGCUGCAUGAUGCCUGAGGGGGAGGGCGACAUCUCCGUCAGCAACGCCGUGAAGCCGCAGCGCGCGGAUGGGAAGUCGGUGGAGGUGAAGGGCAUGAGCACGCCGGACACCACCUCGCCGGAGGUGUCCCCGACGGGUCAUCACAGCAAGAACGGACGCCUGCAGCGCCACUUCAUCAUCAACAUGGACUUCGCCUUUGGCGCGCAGGCGGAGGGAAUUUGCCGAGUCAUCUUCAGCGCUUUUGGCAAGCGUAUUCGCAGUGUGAGUGUGAUGGGCAAGGCGGGCGGCCUGACCGGCAAGCGUGGUGACAUCCAACUGGCGAGCCACGUCCUGCUGUCGAAGUCGUCGCUCAUCUUGGAGGACAACCAAGACGAGCUGCGCAACUGCCGCAACCAAGAUCUGACGGCGGAGCGGUUGCGGGAGCUGGCGGGUCCGCGGGUGACCGUGUACCACGGCAAGGUGCUCACCGUGACGGGGACGAUGCUGCAGAACGUCCACUUGCUGCGAUACUAUCAGCAGGUGUGGCGCUGCGUGGGCACAGAGAUGGAGGGCUCCUACUUUGCGCGUGUGAUUGAGGAUUUCUAUCGCCAGGGCAUCGCCCACCAGGGGCUGAUCUCGCGUUUUGCGUACUACACAAGCGACCUGCCGUUGGCGCAGAGCGAUGCGGAGACGGAGGCGCGGCUGACACACAAGGCCCCCGCGAGCGCCGCCACGCUGUCCGCUCCGAUGACACCGCAGGAAGGCGUCCCGCCGCUUUACGCCAUUGCGCGCGGUAUUCUAGAGAAGAUCCUCCUGUAA